CAGUGCAUCCUGGUGAGCGGCGAGAGCGGCGCGGGCAAGACGGAGGCGGCCAAGCGCCUGCUCGAGUACAUUGCUGCGACAUCCUCUUCCAGCGGCGGCGGCGCCACUGCCUCGCGCAGUCCCAUCCACGAGAAGCUGCUCGGCUCGAACCCGCUCCUCGAGGCGUUUGGGAACGCAAAGACGGUGCGCAACGACAACUCGUCGCGCUUCGGCAAGUACAUGACGGUCGAGCUC